UCCUACAAAUACAAAAAAUCAAUUGAAUUCCAUUCCCCAAACCGCAGAAAAAUAUCUGCAUCAAUUUGUAAGCCAUGGCCACUGGAGCUGCCGGCGACGGCUUAUUCCGGAGCCUGCUCGAAGGCUGCAUUACCGCCGCGGACACCGGGAUCCAGCGCCGCCCCUACCACCGCAACUGCGGCUGCGCUCUCCACAACUCUGCCGGACACUGCCCCCACCGCUCCAGAUACGAUAAGGUCUCCUACCCGAUCCGCCGCUCCUGGAGCGAAGGAUCUCUGGCGCUGAUCGGCCAGUCCUCGCUGUCUCCGUCCUCCUCCCCCGCCUCGGCGUCGGCGGAGAUUCCGAGGACAGCGUCGCAGUUGGCGCUGUGCAGAGCGGCAGAGGAUGAUGAGGUGAGUGAUUCGCCCAAAGCGUGAGCUUGAAAUUUGUCGAAUUUUGGGAAUAAUCUGUGGCCUGUGCGAAUUAAAAAAAGAAAAAAAAUUACGGAGCGAAAUAAUGUUGUUGUGAUUAUUUUUCUUUGUUUUUUUUCCCGAGUUUAGAUGAUUUGGAUAUGCAUAUUGGUGUAUGGAACUCGUUGUACAAUCUAAGGCUCCGUCCAUAAAUUUGUUUA